UCGAUUUGGCGUUGAGCAGAGCUGAGACUGAAGCUCUAAAGUUAAAGACCAACGCUUGUGAAACGGCAAAAGUUUCCUGCCGCAGAUCCAAAGGGAAGAGGUGUAAAUUUCUGAGUUUACUGAAGGAAGGGAUUUCAUGGUGUUUAAGCCUUUGUAAGGUCUGUGCAAUGGGAGACCCCAGGAGUGUGAUCAAAGAGGACAGAUGGGAUGUACGGAAAGACAUAGGAUUGCUGAAUGGAGAAUUGAAAAGAAAGGGAACCUCCUCACACUCAAGAAGGGAGCAGAACUCCUCUGACAGGAAACGAAAGAAGGAUACCUCUCAAAAAAGUAAAAAUGAAAACAAGGACCGAUCAUCUAUCAAACGCACAAGUUCAAGGAUGGAGCAGGAGAAAUCCCGGUGCUCAGAACCACAUGGGAAGUCUGUUCAGGAACACAGGUUUGUUAGUUAUGAGAAGUCCAAAUGGCCUGAAAGAACAGCACUAGGAAAUAGUGAAGAUAAAACCAACAUAAUAAUGGAUCAUUCCUCUGUUUCUGAUGAUGAUAUGGAGGAGACCCCAGGAUUUCUGGAUAUGAAUAAUAACAUCUCCGCAGUGAGUAGAGAGGAGCGGCACAGUGACCGUGCACUUUGCUCUGAGAACCAAAACGAAAGGUCAGAGGAAAAAUCAGAUGUGGAAAAGAACAAAAUGGUUCACAAAGUCGAAAGGAAAGAGAAAAAUUGCAAAGCGAACAAAACAAGGGAUGGAACCACAGAGCACAGCGACAGUCAGUCAGACCCUGGAGCUGAGGAAGAGGAUGGUAACAACGCAAUGAAUAGGGAAGAGAUACAGAGGGAGGAGGGAGGAAAAUCAAGGGACAGUAAAAUGGACAAGCCUUCAAAAAGUGGGAAAAAUAAAGUAAAAAAAGAAAAGGAACAGCAGUCCAAGUUCACAGACAACAGCAAAGAGCAGAGGGCAAGGGAGAAGAAAAUAGAUGAAGCAGAGGAGAGAAAAAGGAGAAAACUGCACAAAGGAAAGAAGGAAGAGGAUGGAAAUCCUAGGAGAGGGGAUGAGAAGAAAAAAGAUGUGAAAAAAUCUAAAAUUGCCAAAGAUGAGCCUGAGGAAGGGGGUACUGCCAAAAAGAGGAAGAGAGAGAACAGAGAGGAGGAGAACAAGGAAAAGAAACUCAAGAAGGAAGAACAAGAGAAAAAGAAACAGGAAGAAGAAGCAAAUAAAUGGAAAUGGUGGGAGGAGGGUCAAUCUUCAGAUGGCACCAAAUGGCAGUUUCUUGAGCACAAAGGACCUCUUUUUGCAUCAGAAUAUGAGCCUUUGCCUGAAAAUGUUAAGUUCUAUUACAGUGGCAAGCCUGUCAAACUCAGUUUGACUGCUGAGGAAGUGGCUGUGUUUUAUGCCAAGAUGUUAGACCAUGAGUAUACCACUAAAGAAGUGUUCCAGAAGAAUUUCUUCCAUGACUGGAAGCAGGAAAUGACAGCUGAGGAGCAGAGCUUGAUCAAGGACUUGUCCAAGUGUGACUUUAAAGAGAUACACCAGUACUUUGAAAAGAAGACAGAGGAGAAGAAGGCAAUGACCAAAGAAGGGAAACAAGCACUGAAGAAGGCAGCAGAAAUGGUGACAGAGGAGUAUGGGUACUGUCUCCUGGAUGGUCAUCGAGAGAAGAUCGGUAACUUCAAAAUUGAGCCCCCUGGACUGUUUAGGGGUCGAGGGGAUCACCCCAAGAUGGGCAAACUAAAAAGGAGGAUUCAGCCAGAGGAUGUCAUCAUCAACUGCAGCAAAGAAUCCAAGAUCCCUGUGCCACCUCAGGGUCACAAGUGGAAGAAGGUCCAGCAUGACAACACCGUGACCUGGCUGGCCUCCUGGGUGGAGAACGUGCAAGGGGGCAUCAAGUACAUCAUGCUCAACCCCAGCUCCAAGCUCAAGGGAGAGAAGGAUUGGAAGAAGUAUGAAGUAGCUCGGAAACUGAAGGACAAGGUGGACAUGAUUCGGCAUCAAUACCGUCAAGACUGGAAGGCUCGGGAAAUGAAGAGAAGGCAAAGAGGAGUGGCUAUAUACUUCAUAGACAAGCUGGCUCUGCGAGCAGGCAAUGAGAAGGAGGAGGGGGAGACAGCGGACACAGUGGGAUGCUGCUCUCUCAGAGUGGAGCACAUUACACUGCACCGCAGGCUGGAUGGCCAGGAUCACGUGGUGGUGUUUGACUUCCUGGGCAAGGACUCCAUCCGCUACUGCAACCAAGUGCCUGUAGAGAAAGCCGUGUUCAAGAAUUUAAAGCUAUUUAUGGACAACAAGAACCCAGAUGAUGACUUGUUUGACAGAAUCACUACUAGCUACUUAAACAAGUCCCUACAGGAAUCAAUGGAUGGUCUGACAGCCAAGGUGUUCCGAACAUAUAACGCUUCCUUCACCCUACAACAGCAGCUGAACAAGUUGACUGAUCCUGACCAGACUGUGGCAGAGAAGAUCCUGGCCUACAAUCGGGCAAACAGGGCUGUGGCCAUUCUCUGCAACCAUCAGAGAGCAGCACCAAAGACCUUUGAAAAAUCCAUGCAGAAUAUUCAGGAGAAGAUUGCACAGAAAGAGCAGCAACUGGAGGAUGCAAAGAAGGACCUGAAAAAAGCCCAAGAGGAAUACAACAGGGAACCAAGUGAUAAACUAAAGAAGCUGGUUGAGAAGAAGGAGAAAUUAGUGAAGAGGUUGGAGGAGCAGCUCAAGAAGCUGAUUCUCCAGGCGACAGACCGAGAGGAGAACAAGCAGAUCGCCCUGGGGACGUCCAAACUCAACUACCUCGACCCAAGGAUCACUGUGGCCUGGUGUAAGAAGUAUGGAGUACCAAUAGAAAAAGUUUAUAACAAAACCCAGAGAGACAAGUUUGCAUGGGCAAUCGACAUGACUGAAGAAGACUAUGAGUUCUGAAAAUGUACAGACGAAUGGAUCAACUGGGAAAGGGUUGUGGACUGCAUACUUUGUGCUCAAAUAGAACUCUAAGAGUAAGCUUUAUUUCAGAGAUUAUUUACUCUGUAAAGUAUGCACUUUAAACUUAACUGAGAUAGGAGAUAGAGGAUCCAGUGACUUGUCGGCACAAGACGUUUUCAUUCAGUUAUUGCAGCUCCCCUGUAACUCGCUGUUCACAAUAAUAAAAUAAUCUGUGUAAGGUUUGUUAUUCUGUCAACAGUCACAGUUGAGAUGCACAGGCCAUAUAUCUUAUUUUGUGCUUAAUAUUUUUAGCUACAUUUUUACAGUUUUGCACUGAAAUUCUCUUCUCCUUUAUUUUGCUUUUUGUCUUUGUCUUUUGGAUUUCUUUUGUCUGUCAUAAAAAUGUGGACCUUAAAUAAUAGAAGAAAAGGUUUUCUGUAUGAGAUUUGUUCCCUGUUUUGUGAAUUGUGCAGUGAAUUUAAAAGAAGAGUGAUUGUAGAACCUCAGCAUGUUGUCAUGCCUUAAUAAAGAACAGCACGAAAACUGCA